AUGGAGGGCGAGCGCAUACACAUCGUAACAGAAGCACCAGGCAGACCAAACACGCUCCACUGGGUCCGCGAGGUUGAACCCGAAACGCAUGCUGCUGGCGUCCACUUCAAGGACAUGCUGAUUAGCAUGAAGCUCGUCGAUCAUGUUGGACGGUCCCAUGGCCUUGAAAGCGCUGGCAUUGUUCGCCGAGUUGGUGUCAAAGUCGAGGAGUUGAAGCCUGGAAAUCGUGUUGCGGCUAUACAGUGCGAUAUGAUGUUGAAGCUACUCAUUGUCCACGAGAUCAUAGGCGUCAAGAUCGCGGAUUCACUCAGCUCUAUUAUCGUCGGCAAAUACAGCAUCCCUCGACACAGGAUCUUCAACUCUUGCAACUAA